AUGCCAGCUGACAGCGCCCGAGCUGCCACGGUACCAAGUAUCCAGCCGAAGCUCGUUAGCUGCGGGGGGCCGCCGAGGUCGUGCGGGAGGGCGCUGAGGGCCGCGGAGCUCGGAGCGCGCAGGACCUCGCAGCAGACAUGUCUCUGGUGGCGGAAGCGUUCGUCUCCCAGAUCGCAGCCAUUUUUGCAGAUGUGUAAUCUGCCUGUCAAAGUGGUGUGUAGGGCAAAUGCGGAAUAUAUGUCUCCAUCUGGAAAAGUACCUUUUAUUCAUGUGGGAAAUCAAGUAGUGUCAGAACUUGGCCCAAUAGUCCAGUUUGUUAAAGCCAAGGGCCAUUCUCUUAGUGAUGGGUUGGAUGAAGUCCAAAAUGCAGAAAUGAAAGCCUACAUGGAAUUGGUCAACAAUAUGCUGCUGACUGCAGAGUUGUAUCUCCAGUGGUGUGAUGAAGCUACAGUCGGGGAGAUCACUAUUGCUAGGUAUGGCUCUCCUUACCCUUGGCCUCUGAACCACAUUUUGGCCUAUCAGAAGCAGUGGGAAAUCAAGCGUAAGAUGAAAGCUAUUGGAUGGGGUAACAAGACUCUGGACCAGGUCUUGGAAGAUGUAGACCAGUGCUGCCAAGCCCUUUCCCAAAGACUGGGAACACAACCAUACUUCUUCAAUAAGCAACCUACUGAACUUGACGCUCUGGUUUUUGGCCAUUUGUACACCAUUCUUACCACACAGUUGACCAGUGAUGAACUUUCUGAGAAGGUGAAAAACUAUAGCAACCUCCUUGCUUUCUGUAGAAGAAUUGAACAGUACUACUUUGAAGACCGGGGUAAAGGCAGGUUGUCUUAGAGUUGUAUGCCAAUUAGGUAUUUUAAAAAUCUAACUUUUGAAAUAUGUAUUACUUGAACAAUAUGGUAGUAGUUGCAGGAUCUCAAAACCAAAAACACUGUUUUUUGAAACCUCA